CAAAUGGUUCAUGCUGUGCAGGAAAAAGACAGAGAUCCAGACAGAGAUCCAGAUAUUUCUAUGCUCAUAGAGAUAGAGGGAGAGAUGAGUCCUGUGUGUCUACAGUAUCCUGCGGUUGAUGGGGAAGGUACGAGCAUAAGUGUGAGUGUGUUGGACAAACUGAUACACACACACCCCAUCUGGCUUAUGCUUUCCAUCGACCAGCGAGAGGCCACUGGCAUCCUUCUGCAGCAACCAGCUGGGGUGUUUUUAGUGUGGAAAUCAUCUAUCCUGCAAAAGAAGGUCCUGUCAUUCCACAUGGAUGGUACCUCAGACUCCUCUGUCAUUCACAUCCCUGUAAAGGAGAACCAGUACACAUUUUCUCUACAUGGCUCAGGAAUCAGUUUUGCUGACCUCUUUCAUCUUGUGGCCUUUUAUUGUAUCAGCAGAGAUAUUCUGCCGUUUACCCUGAAGCUUCCUGAGGCCAUCCAUUCAGCAGCGACCUUGUCAGAUCUUCAUGAAGUGGCCCAGCAAGGAGCAGCAUUCUGGGAAUCUUCUCUCAACAAACAACAAUGGACAAUCUCUGCCCCAAACAGUUCUCUGAUUCAGGACAGACCGCCGAUAUCUCUCCACGGCAGCUGCUCUGAUGUCUUACAGACAGUGGAUCAAACCUGCACCCCAUUUGGGAAGCUACUGACCAACACCUGCCCCGAUACCUCAGAAGGUGAAAGGAGUUGCUCCAGCAGUGCUUUGUCUUUUAUCAACCCUGUCUUUCUCAAGACACAGCAAGAUGUCACUGGAACUUCAGAAACAGUGAUCGCAAAGGACCCAACAGCAGAAAACGGAAAAUCUCGUCCCCCUCCUCCACCAAGACCACCUCCUCGUAUUUUGGUUCGUACCCCUACUUCACCUUCAGGUCCGAGGGCUAUGCCUUUGAGUGCUGGCAUUACUAGAACGAGUCGGAGACACAAUCCUCCACCACGACCUCCACAACCUCCAGACAUCGACAGCUACCGCUGCACCAUUGCGUUAGAUGACGAAACCAUCUCUAGGGCCCUUUCUCAAGCCAAUACGACUCCUUUAAACCCGACCAGCAGCACCAUCCUGCAGCAAUGGACCGGACCCGAAGAGAAAGGGCAAAGCUCAAGUGGCCGAAGCUUGUCUAAAUCCUCAUCGGACUCUUUGGAUUCUCCUCCGCAUCCUCUCCCAUUGGGACUAUCCCAAAGCGUGGGCAAAGGCCUCUCCACGGAUGACAGCAGUGAUGAGUAUGAGGAGGAGGAGGACGACUACGGUGUGGGACUUGAAAGGGAUCUGCAUCUUCGCCUUCGUGCUUCCCGCAUGUCAAAGAAACUACUGUCGGUCGAACUAGUGGGGGCUCGACCGAGAUCGCUUGUUAUCCCACGAGCACUAAGGGGAAACUUCCGUAAGGUCCGAGGUGUUUUCAGUGUAUUGGCUACGCCUGAAAAGCGCAUCUUGCUUCAGAUCAUUGAGUUGUCCCAAGACAAAACUUCUUACUUUGGGUGCCUGGUGCAGGACUAUGUGAGCUUUGUGCAGGAGAAUAAAAACUGCCACUCGUCCAGCCAGGAUCUUCUGCAGACACUCCGGCAGUUCAUGACCCAGAUGAAGGCUUACCUCAAACAGAGCUCGGAAAUGAACCCACCUAUAGAGUCUUACAUACCCGAGGACCAGAUAGAUCCAAUGUUGGAGAAGGCCAUGCAUAAGUGUGUGCUGAAACCUCUGUACGGCUGCUUGCAGUCGGUGCUGCAUGACUUCCAGGUGGCAGGUGCCGUGUGUCAGAGGCUGCAGGAGAAUCUGGCCCUGGCAAAGGCCAAACAGCCUCACGAGCUGGGAGUGAAUGGAGCCCGGCCUCCAGACGCCCACGCCAUCCACAGGAUCCGCCGAAAACUCCGAGCCAUGUGCCAAAUGUACUCACCUGAGAGGAAGAUUAUGGUGCUGUUAAAAGUCUGCAAACUCAUCUACAAUAUUAUGCAAGACCAUGAAGUGCGGAUGUUUGGAGCGGAUGAUUUCCUGCCCAUGUUGACAUAUGUGUUGGUCCAGUGUGACAUGCCUCAGUUGGACACUGAGAUCCUGUUUAUGAUGGAGCUGAUAGAUCCCCCAUUACUGCAUGGAGAAGGAGGAUAUUACCUCACCAGUGCAUAUGGAGCAAUGUCACUGAUUAAGAACUUCCAGGAAGAGCAGGCUGCUCGAGUACUCGGCUCUACAACACGCGACACACUCCACCAGUGGCACCAGCGUCGCACACUGCAGAGAGACCUGCCCUCAGUGGACGACUUCCAGAACUACAUGCGAGUGGCCCUGCAGAAGGCAGAUAGCGGCUGCACGGCUAAAACCCUUCAGGUGCGGCCCUACGCCACGACAGAAGAGGUGUGUCGUCUUUGUGCGCUCAAAUUCCGCGUGUCUGAUCCAGAAAACUACGGCCUGUUUCUUUACACGGACGAGAGCAGCCAGCAGUUGGCCGCAGACACACACCCACAGUGGAUAAAGGCAGAGUUACACAGUCGACCGAAGCGUGAACACUUUUACUUUGUCUACAAGUCGAUACCCAGCAUGAACUGCUCCACUCCUUUGUCUUGAAAGCAGGACGUUUCCUGAACACUCAAUAGACGGAAAGUGUUUAAUGAGGGUGUGACUUUAAGGAAUGUGUAUAAAGAUCGGGAAAUGAAAAGGUCUCAUGGACAGAGUGGCUCAAAAAAUAAUAAUUUAAUUGGCACUUUACAUGAAUAAAGUACAUCUGGGUUGUUAAAAUGAGUACUUUCAAAACAGGCUUGGGUAACAGGGUUGCACAUUUAGCCUAAAU